UCCAUCUCACUUGCGCCACACAGCGGUUGAACUGCAAUAGUGCAAGACGUAGACGGCGCUCUGCAUAGGAGCUGUCCAGCGUCUCGGUGCUGAAACUUGCCCAGUCGGCUCUCGGCUAACAGCAAGAGGCGGUGAUACAAUUUUAAAAUAAGGCUUAACAACCCAGCAACGGAUGCUUGGUUGAUUCAGAUGCGUGGUACAUGGACAAAGGGCUGCAGAUAAACAGAGGAAGGGACGUGGUGAGAACGACGGGGGAAAGAGAGACUGAGUAAGACGUGGAGAAGUGCUCACUCUCUCAGCAACAUGCCCUGGUCUCUGGACUUGGUGCCGCUUCCCCCAUGUGCGUUGCUGGGUGGUCCCCCCCUCAGCGGGCUCCUCUGGACCGUCCUCCUCCUCUUCCUCUGGUACUGCUACCGCGUGGGUUCUGACCCACCAUCCCAUUCUGGCAUGCUGAAAAGUGGCUCUGGCCGAUCCUCAUUCUCUCGGUCAUCCAGCCGUUCCCCGGUUGACCCUAGACACUCUGUGUCAAAAGCAUCCGCGGCUAUCACCAUGGAGACUGUGGAGGAAGAGGAGGGCACAGAGAGCUAUCUGACACCGGUGUUGAGCCAUGCACCGUUCCCCACCGAGGCUGCGGCGGAAAGCAGGAAGUUGUAUAGAGCACUACAGGAGUAUGCUAAGCGCUACAGUUGGGCUGGCAUGGGGCGAAUUCACAAGGGCCUGCGCAAUCAGGCCAGGAUCAAUGAUCGGCCAUCCAUCCAGAAGCCUCAUCUCUUCUACCUCCCGGAUGUUCCCAGCAUACCUUUCUUUCCCAGGGAUGCUCAUCGUCAUGACAUUGAGGUUCUGGAGGCCAGUUAUCCCAUAAUCCUUGCUGAGUUCCAAGCAGUGUACCAGAGGGGGAUUGAUACAAAGCUAGGGUGGAGCUACCAAGGACCAAAGGGCCAGACAGUGUUCCCACUCUAUAACGCUGGAGUGUGUGUGGCCAGCAACUGCCGUGCGUGUCCGUAUACAUACCGAACCCUCCUCUCUCUCAGAACCUUCAUCAGCAGUAACUCUCUAGGAUCUGCUGGCUUCUGGCUCCUGGGUCCUGGGGCCACAUUGGGAGGGGCCUAUGGCCCUACAAACACACGUCUGCGCUGCCAUCUGGGUCUUCAGACGCCUGCUCAGUGUGAGCUGGUGGUGGGUGGGGAGCCACAGUGUUGGUCAGAGGGACACUGCCUCCUUGUGGAUGACUCCUUCCUGCAUACCAUCUCACACAAUGGGGGAGCUGAAGAUGGUCCCAGAGUUAUCUUUAGUGUGGACCUGUGGCAUCCAAAUGUGGCUGCAGCAGAGAGACAGGCUCUAGACUACAUCUUUGCCCCUGAGCAGUAAUUCCCAAGGAUGCACUAGUCAAACCCACUUUAUGUCAUAUCAAAAUGCAGAAAAUGUUGUUUUAAAGUAUGCAAAACAUGUUUUGUUUUAGUUUAUACUGAGGAUAUUUAUCAUUUAACAACUACAUACUUUUAUGUCUGACUCUGUACAACUGAAACCUUUUGAAAUGUUUCAAAAUAAUGACUUCAGUCAGAACUGCAGUUCCGCAAAUUUAUCAUACAGAUCAGAUAUGUCAACUAUGUUGAGCCCUGAGCACACAGAUACUGUGAUGACACGCGAACAAUUUUCGAACUUCAUAUCUAUAUUUGACUUGUGCCUGUCUUGAUAAUCCCGCGCUCCUGUUCUAUCGUUUUUGUGCCUGAUUUCUCCUCCUUACCUCUCUGAUGUAUACUGUGAUACAUGGUUCUCCGUAAAUACUGUACACGUGACUCACGGUUAUGCUAUAUAUUUUGUUGUAUUUCAUCAGAUGGCGAUUUAUUUUCAGAUCUGUGAAGCACACACUGAAGACAACAUACUGUAUAUGACCAGAUUACUUGCAUGCGUUGUGAAUUUUGAUUGUGUUGCCAGCAAUGCACUUGAUGACUGUCCUGCAAAUCAAGUAUGUAUUCAAGCUGAGUUCAAUUCAACAAUAAAAGGUUUUGUUAAAUUUAA